AUCGAUUAAUGCAUUUUAUAGAACAACAUGUAGCCUCCUCACCGUCACAUGAUGCACUUGAUGACCUCUGGUAUAGUGAAAAUUUCGUAUAGACUAUAAAAUUGAAAUAAAUGACGAUGUAGCGAGUGAUAGUAACAUAAGUAUGUUUAUGAUUAGAGAUUUACUAAGUAGGACAAUAGUUUCAGAUAAGAUGCGACAUUCUGAAUUUCUAGUUUAAACUGUAAUAUUUAUAUUCAGAACACGUGAGUGUACAUAUUAGAAAAGUUAGACGAAACAGGUUGCUCAAGUUCGUCGGUUUUGUUAUACCUGCACUUCAUAUAUCGUCUGUUUUGAUUCAUUUGCAUAAAUAAGCAAUAAACCGACAAAAACACUUAUGACAGCUUUACCUUUUAAUCGGGGAGCAGAUUUUGAUGAAGUCGGUAAAGAAAACGACCGUUUAUUUACGGAAUACGAUCGCGAAAUUAAUAAUAUAUAUAAGCAUAAAAACGCAUUAGACGAACAUAUUCAACUAACGGUACAGAGGAUGUCUUUUGCAGCAGAAGAAUUUGGUAAAGGAACUAAUGUUGAUGACGGAAAAUGUUGCAGGAAGAUAAAUUUAGGAGGUUUAAUUACACGACUGAUACCGUUAAUUGUUUUAAUUGGAUAUUUAGUAUACCUUGGAUUUGCUCUUUAUCUGAAUCCUUCACAGUCCGUGUUUGUUUGCGUUGUUGCAAUUUUUGUGAUAUAUAUUUGUGUGAAUAUACUGACGGGCGGUAAAAUAAGUAAGUUUGUAACCAGAGGAAUCUUCCGGGUGAAGAAAUGCUUUAAAGUAAGAAAUAGACGUAUGACAUUAUGGGCGAGGAGGAUCACAACGAUUGCGGUAUUCGUUGGUAUUUUAGUGUUCCUUGUGAUUGAUCUGUGGGACGAAUGGCGGAAGUGGAUUCCACUGGGUGGGCUGGCUUUAUUUGUCAUUAUUUCUGUUGUGUUCUCCAAAAAUCCGAGAAAGAUCAUAUGGACGCCGGUUAUAUGGGGAAUAUAUCUACAGUUCGGGCUCGGUUUGCUUAUAUUACGAUGGGGUCCGGGGUUCGAAGCCUGUCAGUGGAUUGGAAGACAAGUGACAACAUUCCUUGGCUACACGGACGCUGGUUCCCAGUUUGUUUUCGGCGAUAAAUAUAUUUAUCACCCCGUUGUGUUUAAGAUACUUCCGGUUGUGGUUUUCUUCAGUAGUGUGGUGUCUAUAUUAUACUAUUUGGGAGCUAUGCAGAUUAUUAUAAAAUGUAUAGCAAUUGUUUUACAAGUGAUGUUAUCUACGACACCAAUAGAAUCUUUCGCAACGGCUGCACAUAUAUUUAUAGGUCAGGUAGAAUCCAGUGUUGCCCUGAGACCGUUUUGGAUGAAGUUGACGGAAUCAGAACUACAUGCUAUAAUGACGAGUGGCUUUGCUACAGUAGCCGGGACAAUAAUAGCUGCUUAUGUCGAAUUUGGCGUUCCGGCUGAACACGUGAUAUCAGCUUCAUUUAUGUCAGCACCGGCGGCACUUGCUAUAGCGAAAAUCUCAGUGCCGGAAACCGAGGUGUCGCAAAUAAAAUCUCAAGCCGAAAUCAAGCUCCCAUCAGGACAGGAGUCGAACAUGAUAGAGGCAUUGUCGGUGGGUGCUACUACAGCUAUAAAGCUUGUAGCUUACGUGGUCGUCAACCUGAUAGCCUUCAUUGCCGUGCUGAGUUUCCUUGACCAAACCCUGUCAUAUUUUGGUGAACGAGUGAAUUAUCCGGAUCUAAGCUUUCAGUUAAUAUGCUCAUACAUAUUCAUGCCACUAGCUGCUGUUAUUGGCGUCCCCUGGUCAGAUACAAAAACUGUCGGCGCAUUGAUUGGGAAGAAGAUUGUCAUUAAUGAAUUCCUCGCUUACGCCGAUUUAGGGACCAUGAUUGAAGAAGGUUCCCUUGAUGAACGGUCUGCAGUAUUGGCAACAUACAUUCUUUGUGGAUUCGGGAGUAUUGCAGCUCUGGGUAUAAAUCUGGGCAGCCUGGCGUCAUCAGCUCCAGAAAGACGCCCGCAAUUCACCCAGCUAUCUUUACGGUCUAUGAUAAAUGGAAACAUUGCAUGCUUCAUGACAGCGUGCGUAGCAGGGGUGUUAUUCCAGACGUCACCGUCACUUGUUACUAUCUCACCUUUUAUGAAUACAACGGAAGCGGCAUCAACUUUGAACUUUACUUUAAAUACAACUUUACUACCGUUAUUCAAUAGUUCACAAUCUUAAAAAUAUUUUACAGUUCAAUAUCUUUUAAAGUAAUACCUCUUUUUAUUUAUAAACAGAUUUUACCCUUUAUAUUUUGUGUCUCAAAUAUCAUAGAUAUUUCAACAUAUUUAUGUAGUUUUUUUUUUCUAAAUUUUGUCGCAUUUAUUAAACAAAUGAUAUU